AUGGUUGUGAUUAUUCAAGAAGACUUCUGGUUGAAGUUUCUUGGUUUUCUUGAUGCAGGUGGAUUUACUUCCAUGGCGCCUUUUCUGAAGAAAUUAUUUCCGUCUAUCUAUCAUAAACAGAUGGAUGAUACAUCAACUAAUCAAUACUGCAAGUUUGACAGCCGGAUUUUGACACUUUUUACGUCAUCCCUCUAUUUGGCUGCCCUUGUAGCGUCCUUUUUUGGAUCAACAAUGACCAAGAAAUUUGGCGGGAGAAAGUCGAUGAUGCUUGGUGGAAUAAUUUUCUUGGUUGGUGCCAUAAUCAACGCUGCGGCAGUGCACAUCAGUAUGCUAAUCAUAGGCCGUGUUUUAUUGGAUAUUGGCGUCGGCUUUGCCAACAAGUCAGUGCCUCUUUAUCUAUCAAAGAUGUCCCCGUACAAUUAUCGUGGAACUUUUAAUGUUUGCUUCAAACUGAUGAUCACAAUUGGAAUUUUGUUAGCCAACCUGAUGUUUGCUUCCAACUGA